GUCAUCUUCUCCUUCUUCCUCGCAGAGACAGAGAGAGAGAGAGUCGUGAAGAAGCAGCAGGGACUCUUCGAAGACGAAGCGAGUUUCAUGGAGUGGGGAAGAGAGAGAGAGAGAGCAGAUCGUUCGUCAGCAGCAUAAGCUAAGUAGCAGCUUCUCUCUCUCUCUCUACAGAGUUCUUCCUCCUUCUGCCGCCUGCAUUCCUCUGCUUCUCGCCGCGAGAUCCAAUCUCCCGGUCUCUCUCUCUCUCUGUAUCUCUAUCUCUAGCCGUCAGCUAGUUCGCGACCUCCCGCAUUGCUCGGAAGCCAUCGUGGGUCGGCGGGAUCUAGCGAGACAACCGGCGGUGCGGCGCGGCCCGACUCGCGGUCCUUCGAGCUUGAGUCUGUGCUGCGGCGGCGGCGGCGGCGGCGGCGGAGGCGGCGAUGUCGAGCGCUGGUAAGGUGGCCGGGGAUGAGGACGCCGGCGGCGUUGGCUCGCUCGCGGAGCGGUUCGCGGACUCGGCGAGUUGCGAGAUGAACAAGCCCGACUACCGGGAGCUCGAUCUGGGCUCGCCCGUCUCGCCGCUGAUGGUGCGGAGCUCGAUCAGCGGCGGCGCGACCACCACCACCUCGAGUGGCUCCUCGAGCUCUUCCGGCUCGGUCUCGGGCAAAACGAGCGCGAGCGCGUCGAGCGACGCGGAGACUCUCCAGUCGACGCCGCGGCGGGGUCAUCGACGAUCCGCCUCCGCGGGGGCUCCGCUGAUCUACUCGAGCAGGACGUGGACUCCGAAUUCGACUGCCACCGGCGGCGGCAUUGCGUCGCCGAAUCACCACGUCAAUGUGGUGGGUUUGAGCGGCAACAUUUGUCCGUCCGGGAAGAUUUCAAAGCCGAAUCUAGCGAAUGCGAAUGGCAACAGAAUGGCGACGUUGAGCUCCGGGAGCGGAAACUACGGCCACGGAAGCAUAAUGCGGGGCGGCAUCGGUACUCCGAAGACGAGCAGUGGAAAUGCAGGGGAGACGAGCAACGGGAAAUCCGCCGGGGAAUCCGUUGUCAAGAGAGGAAUGGCCAGUUUAGAUCCAGAGGAUGUGAAGAACGCAGGGAAUGAACUGUACAGAAAAGGGAAAUUCGAAGACGCGCUGUCGUUGUAUGACAGGGCCAUUGCGAUUUCGCCCGACAGCGCGUCGUAUAGGAGCAACCGCGCCGCAGCAUUGACGGCUUUAGGGAGGCUGGGCGAGGCGGUGAGGGACUGCAAGGAAGCCCUGAGGCUGGACCCUGGUCAUGCAAGGUCUCAUCAGAGAUUAGCUUCCCUUUAUCUCAGGCUAGGACAGGUUGAGAAUGCACGGCAUCACCUCUGUUAUCCUGGCCAGCAGCCCGAUCCGUGCGAGCUGAGUAAGCUGCAAUCACUGGAAAAGCAUCUGAACCUUUGCAUUGAGUCCAGAAAAAUUGGAGACUGGAAGAAUGCAGUCAAGGAAUCCGAUGCGGCAAUGGAAGGAGGAGCUAAAUCUUCUCCUCUGCUUCUUGCUUGUAAAGCAGAAGCCCUGUUGAAGCUCCAUAAACUACAAGAUGCAGAGAUGAGCCUGAAAGCUAUCUCCAAUUCGCCCUUCUACCCUCAAAGUAGGUUCUGUGGCAUGGUUGCCGAAGCAUACGUGCUCUAUGUUCAGUCCCAGGUCGAUAUGGCAAUGGGAAAGUUCGAUAGUGCGGUCACAGCAGUGGAGAAAGCUGGACGCAUUGAUUAUAGCAAUGCGGAAAUCGCACUGCUGCUGAGUAAUGUCAAGAUGGUGGCGAAUGCUCGUGCUCGUGGUAAUGAUCUUUUCAGCUCUGGAAGAUUCGCCGAGGCCUGUUCAGCUUAUGGGGAAGGCCUCAAAUAUGAUAAUUGCAAUUCGGUUCUUUAUUGCAACAGAGCUGUUUGUUGGUCUAAGCUCGGACUGUGGGAGAAAUCCAUUGAAGACUGCAACCAAGCUCUCAUGAUUCAACCGAAUUACAUCAAGGCACUUCUUCGGAGAGCCGUCUCAAAUGGAAAGCUCGGUCGGUGGGAAGAAUCCGUAAGAGACUAUGAAGUCCUGCGAAGAGAGCGUCCAGGAGACAGCGAGAUUGCUGAAUCUCUACGACGUGCGCAGGUCGCAUUAAUGGCAUCUCAGCAUGAGUGUCAUACUCCGAAACCUGGUGUAAAUUAGUCGGGUUGUCUAAAUUAAGUCCAAAGCCGCAACGCCAUCCCCUGGGGCCUAAUCUGUCUCACUUUAUGAAGGUCCAGAACUGAUGCUGCUCAUGCUUGCAAGUUAAUCUGACCAUUGUCUGCAUUAAUUUUAGGAAUGCAGAUGCAAACCAUCAUCAGUUCUUGUCCGAUGGUUCAUGAAAGGCUGCGGAUUUAGCUGUGUCGGAAGCGGCAAACACCCGGAUCGUCCUUGAUCGUCCUAAGCAGUUGGCUUCUGGAGGACUCUCGGGCUGGAAUUUUACUGUGACAUAAUCAAGCUCCUUUUAUAUUAUAUACUUAGGGAACCUUAGAUAAAUUUUCAGCUCCUAAAUUCAGGAAUUGUGAAAUAACUCCAAUUCUUUUUGCGAAGAACUUUUAUCUCUUGAUUCAUAUUCAUCCUCAAAUUCUACGGUUUAUCAUCUUUAGCCCUUCAA